AUGGCACCACCCGGUUCUGUUUCAUAUGAAGUUUUUAAAACCACGUUAAUAAACAGAACCUCAGAAUCCCAACAAAAAAGACUUCACCAGCUUCUGAUAUCGGAAGAAUUGGGUGACAAAACGCCGUCCCAGCUUCUUCGUAGAAUGAAGCAGCUUCUCGGAGAUGAGACGCUCCCAGAAAAAAUUUUCAAGCAACUUUUUCUCCAGCGUCUGCCCUCCAAUACCCAGGUUGUUCUCGCGUCUACCAGAGAAAACACAUCCCUUGAAGAACUGGCGGAGCUAGCUGACAAAAUAGCCGAAGUACCGCACAAAUAUCCAACGGUAUCGACGGUGACGCCAGCCGCUCCCAGUACCAAUCCUUUCCGUGCACAAACCAGUUCUUCUGAGAUUUCGGAUUUGCGUGCAUUAAUGACGCAGCAAGCUGCGCAAAUACAAAUCCUCACAGCCCAAAUACAAGCCCUAAAGCUUAGUCCCCAGCGUCGAAGCACCAGCCGAUCUCGACGAGAUGGCAGACGGUCCCGAAGCCCCAGUGCUACCCGCAACUCACAUGACACGUGUUGGUACCACCGAACAUUCGGAACACGGGCACAAAAAUGCACGCGUUUCCUGGUUGACAUAGGUGCGGAAGUCAGCAUCAUCCCAAUCUCCAACACUUCUGGAAAAAGAAAAGAGACAUCAGUCUGUCUUCAGGCAGUCAACCAUUCACCCAUUCCAACCUACGGUGAACAGUCCCUAACAUUGAACAUAGGACUACGCCGCACAUUUCAGUGGGUAUUCGUCGUCGCUAAACUGCCGACCCCUAUCUUAGGAGCCGAUUUCUUGCAUCAUUUCGGUCUCCUGGUAGACAUAAAGAACAGACGACUUGUCGACACCACCACCAAGCUUACUGUGCGCGGUAUAGCCGCUCGAAUGGACACAGUCAGCCCAACUGUAAUGCUUACGACAACGACUCGUCACAGUUCCAUUCUGAAUGAAUAUCCAGAUGUCGCGCGACCAGUUUUCCAUAACCAACCUAUCAAACACGACGUUACCCACCACAUCAAAACCAACGGUCCACCUGUUGCUGCAAGGCCCAGAAGGUUACCACCUGAUCGUCUCCAGGCCGUCAAGUGGGAAUUCCAGCACAUGCUCGACCUCGGAAUCAUCCGCGUUUCCAGCAGCAACUGGUCCUCGCCGAUACACUGCGUCCCAAAAAAAUCAUCGACCGAUUGGCGGGUUUGCGGCGAUUAUCGAUCACUGAAUAAAAGCACUAUCAGUGAUGCCUAUCCGGUGCCUUUUCUUCAGGACUUUUCGAGCUCGCUGCAUGGAGCUCGCAUCUUUUCAAAAAUCGACCUGGUGCGAGCAUACAACCAAAUCCCAGUCGAACCUGCGGACAUCUCAAAGACAGCAGUUACUACACCUUUCGGAAUGUUUGAAUUCCUGCGUAUGCCUUUCGGUUUACGAAGCGCGGCACAGACAUUCCAAAGGUCUAUCGACAUGGUGACUAGAGGUUUGCCUUUCAUCUAUGCCUACAUAGACGACAUACUCGUGGCCAGUAACUCGGACGAAGAGCAUAAUCAACACCUUCACCUGCUAUUCGAACGUCUCCGUCAAUUUGGUGUUGUUAUCAACCCUACUUUGUUUGUUAUCAACCCUGUUUGUUCGGAGUUGCUUCCCUUCAUUUUCUCGAGCAUAUAG